GAUAAACACGAUGACGAAGGCUUGAUUAGCUUAUUCCCUGCUACCUUUACCUCUGGCCACAUUCCAGACACCAAUCGGUCUCUACAUUCCUAGGAUUCCUCCAGCUUGUCUCUCGUUCUUGAGAUAAUGGGUUCCUCAGCUCCUUACGUGUACAAUGCCAUCCGGACACACGAUCCCAAGAGCCCCCAGAAACCAUUCGAUCCCAAGGCGGUAACUCGGGCCAGUCAAACUCCCAAACCCCCGCGCAAGAAACAAGAGGGGCCCUUGGUGUCUUUCAAUCAGCAUCCCGAGUAAGUACCUGGGAUAUCUCGCCCUCAAUUGACUUUGUACUUAUACUCAUGUGUAGUUCCUUCUUAAUACUUCCCUAUGGAAACACGAAUCCGAUUCUGAUGAGCCCCUCGGUCAAGGUUUGGGUGAAAUGGAUGAGGAUUGUCCAGCUGGUUCUGAGAUGCCUUCAAAUAUUAUGCGCUGGGGCCCUGCUGGCAUUUAUGAUCAUGAUUAGAGGCAUGGAUGAGGCAACCGGCUGGAUGAUGCGCAUUGCUGUAGGCCUCCAGUCAAUUGGCUCGAUGAAGCACUCGCUAACGUUGAUUUAAAGCCUGGCGUUGCCAUUCUCCAUACAUGCUACGCAAUCUGUCACCUCGCGCGAAGAUCAGCUGGUCGAACACCAGCUUCCUCCGCCAGCUACAUGAUCUUCGCAUCAUUGUUUGACGUUUCUAUAAUACCGUUCUAUGCUUUCAGCGCACUUGUAGCAUAUAAUCACCAAACCACUAUGGGAACAUGGACGAUCAUUUUGUCGGAUCAAUCACUUACCUUCACAUUUUCAAAGAUAGUGUUUCUAGUCGCAACUUCCGGUGGAGGUUUACAUCUAGUAUCUUUGGCCAUUGGAUUAUAUCUCGCAGUCACAUUCAGAAAGAUUACAAAUCUACCACCAGACAUGAACCCUCUGGAAGACAAUCUAACAUCACGUCAUGGCCACAAGCGCAACAAAUCAUCCGUCUACACAGAGUCCACAGGCUCCGGAAACAGAAUGUCAACAGCAACAACUGCCGUAUCAGAGAAGCGCCUUUCAGACCCAUUAGAAAACAAACGUAGCUCCGGGGCCGUUUACGAAGACCUGUCCCGCCCCCCAACGAUCCCUUUCUUCCACACCAGAACCCAGUCCAGCGAUUCUGUCUCAACCUACAAGAGCACGCCCCCAGGAUCCAGAGACUCCCGCGUAGACCUCCCAAGCAGACAAUACCAAGCUUUCCGCGUAGACCUCCCAAGCAGACAAUACCAAGCUUUCCGCAACACCAACGGCCCCUCUAACACAGACCUGAAGCGAAGCUCCAUGUACGCCGGUCCCUUGCCCUCAACACCCCCAAAACGGCAAUCCUACCAAGAAAUCCCGCUUUCAGAUACCUCCUCUGCAACCAAAUCUUCAAACCGGAAAUCAGGCAACAUGUCCCAAGGCUGGUACGUCUCCGACUCCCUCGGCAAACGCCACCGCAGCGCGUCCCCCCAAAAAGAAGGAAAAGGAUCCUACGCACCCAUCGCCCAACCCUACGACUCCUCCGACGACAUCUCAUCCCACCACACCAAUCCCCUCGCCGCGAAUCCUCCCACCCCGCGUCACAGCCACAAUCCCAGCUACGCAUCCAACAACUAUACGUACAAAUCGCCUUCUCAUGAACUUCCUGAUUCGCCCGCAAGCCCCGUCAAAACAGGUGAUAUCGCGGAUAUGUCUGCAGAGAGGGAUGAAGCGGCGAGCAAUUUCAGGUCGAAGUAUUAUGGGGACUUGAAGACCGCCACGCCGCCAAUUAUGGUGGGGAAUGGUCGAGAGGUGAGUUCUGGGAAUGACUUUUUGAAUCAGAAGGGCAAGUUUAGGGUUCGGGAUGCGAGUGGGAAGAUUGCGGAGGAGGGACGGGGUGGAUGGGCGACUAGGUAUCGGAAGGUUACUGGAACGUGAUGUGAGUAAAUAGUGCGAUGUGUAUUGUCUUAUUCAUGUUUAAUGUUUUUGGCGUUUAUGUUUGGGAUGUGAGUUUGGGGAACGAAAUGAUUGGAUAUGAAGGCUUUAUUAUUAUGCUAGGAAUCUGGGUAUCUAUGGAGGAGGCGUUGGGCUUUUUUGUAUGUACAUUGCCAAGAAAUCGAGUGGUGGAGAUACUAUGUGUGUCGG